UUUGUAUUCUCUUUGGCUACAUCUCGAAGUGGCAGACACCGCUUAAUUGACUGCUGUGUUUUUAUUAUCUUUGUUUUCUUCUUUGUGCUCUUGUGGUUGAGCGCAACGCAAUGCCGAAACUACUGAAAACUGGUUUUUCAAAAUUGUCUGCGCGCAUGCGCGAGCGAUUUGAAGGCAUUUUGAAGACUGUGGUGGCGGCAGAGAAGUUUUGUUUACAAUUUUGUUGUUGCGAAGGGUGAAGAGAGAAAAACACACAUACAAGCAAAUGAAAGACUCAAGUGACAAACGUGAUCGCGCAACACAAAAAAACUGACUGACUCCGCUGUCGGUGUUGACAAGUAAUCAGACAAACGCAUAAGAGAACCAAAACAAAAAAGCGAAAUAAGCAACGAAAGAUUUAAGCGACAAACGCGUGCAGGAAAGAAACUGUUAAAAAGCAGCAAACUUGUGCCCCGACAAGCGGACAAGGCAUGCUGCCAGCAAGUUGCAACAUUAAUUAACAGGCAUAUAUACUCAUACAUACAUUUACAGCAACAACACCAGCAAAACAACUGAGACCACUUUGUGACUCAGUUUGCGACUCACUGCGGUGCUACUACAAUGGGCACACGUGUUCCACCGCCUUGCCCCACAGCAUUGCACUGCGAUCAGGCCGCCAUGGCGGGCCUGCCACAGCUCAUCGCCGACUUGCAACGUCUAUCGGAGGAUCAGGAGAGCGCCGAUUUGGUAUUCAUUUGUGGACGAGAAGAAGAACGCAUUUAUGCACAUCGCAUAUUGCUGAUGGCGCGCUGUAAGAGCUUUAAAACGGCAAAGCGUGGUGAAAUCUGCCGCAUACCCGGCUGUUCGGUAUCGCCUGCAGCGCCGGGUACGCCCACGCCAGUGCGCCUGCCGCACGUCAACCCGGACGUCUUUCGGCAAUUCAUUGUUUACGUUUACACAGCGAAGAUUAUGCUGCAAGAUUCGCGUGUCUUUGAAAUGAUGACUCUCGCACAAGAUAUGGGCGUCGAAGAGCUGCGUGCGGCCUGUGAAGAUCAUGUGAUCUCCACGUUGUCGGUGGACAAUGCAUGCACUUUUCUCACAUCCGUCAUGGAAAUACACGAAAAAGCAGAAACGAGUCGUAAAGGCGGUUAUAUACAUUCGGAGCGCGCAUUCUUAUUCGCGCUCAAUCCCGCUGGUGGUGAUCCAUCCGUUAAGUUUGAUAUAAUCAAGAAGCCCUAUGCCAUAUGCUAUCACCCAGAUUGCGGUCCUAUUUUCGGUGCUGGCGCUGAUUUGCUCAUCGCCAAUAAUUGCAAUACGAAUAUGGAUUCGUAUUCGAAUUUGCCUCAUUCGUAUGAUGGCCCUAACGCCUCUUACUUGACACUCUUUGGUGAUUACAAUUUCACGGUUGUUGACUAUGAAGUCUAUACAUUAUCCACAACCACAGCCGUCGGCAGCGCAGGCGGCAUAGGAGCAGUAGGCGGUAGUGGCAAUGGAAAUAGCAGUAAUAAUAAUAACAACAGUGGUACUUCGGGCAAUAAUGGCAGUAACAGUAAUAAAAAUGGUUCAUCAUAUAACAGUAGUGGCAACAACAAUAGCAGCGGCAAUUUGUCAACGAAUAUCGUUGGCGGCAGCAAUGGUGGGGGCGUGGGUGCUGGCAGUGGUGGCGUUGUUGGCGGCAUGCACAAACCAAAGUAUGAAAGAUAUUGAUUGGAUAUAUAUAUAUUUUUUUUUAAUUUCUUAAUGUUUGUACUUCCAAUUUGGUUUUGCUGUUAUUUAUGCAUUUAAAAAGUCUAAUUAAUCUUUGACUUUUUUCAUAGCUUUGCCCCAUUAAAUAGAUAUAUGUGCACUUGAAAUUUAUUUAAUAUUUUUUAAAUAAUGUACCUACUUGUUUGUUAUUUGAUUCCACAUGCAAAAUUGAGCCUCAGUACUUGUAACUUCUUGAGCUCACGCAUAUUAAAAAUAAAGCUAAAUGCUCUGCACUAAGGUGGGUGCAAAAGAUUCGUGUAAAUGUGCGGAUGAUAAA